CCAGACAGAAUAAUAUACGGCCACACUGGUUCAGAUUUGUUGUUGCUAAUGUUCUCCCGGUUUUAUUUUCGGAAAUGUCUGCAAAUUCCGUAAAUAUUUCGGUGGAAACCACUUGUGAAAACCAAAUUCGAGAAAUCGGCUAUGAUGGAACCGAGCUAUAUCAACCGCCUCCGACUUUGUCCGAAAGCCUGGCCAAAUGUGCGGCUCGAAUUGAUUUCAGCAAAACAUCGCUUGACGACUUAAAAAAGGAGGAAAAAUCCGCGACCGAGGCAGAGGAGAGCAGAGACAAAGAUGGCAAUCAAUUUCAGGAAAGUCUCUGGCCAUGGGACGCAGUACGCAACAAGCUAAAGGAUGCUUUUACCGAAAUUUGUGUUCUGUCCGAUGUGAUAUCCAUUGCCAAGGAUAAACGUUAUUUGGUACUAGAUCCAUUGCUGGAAGACGGCGAUGAUACUAAGCCCAUAGUACAGGUGUAUAGCCGCAAAAAGGCUAUAUCCCAGGCAGCGCAAGUUCUGUUGGGUGGCGCAGAGCGCCUGAGAAAUGCUCACAGCGAGCAAAGAAGUCGUAAUAUUUCAGAUUUUCAUAUCGAACUAUUGCGCCUACGUCAGAACUGGAGGCUAAAGAAGGUCUCGAAUGCUAUAAUAGGAGAUUUAAGUUAUCGCACGGCCGGCUCAAAGUUUAAUAUGAGUGGAACUUUCGAGGUGACAAAAGCCGAAGAGCUUGCCGAUGAUGAUCAGCUGCAGGGACAGAAUAGCUCGUCAUCAUCAUCAUCAACGGCAAAUGGCAUGCCAAUAAAGGCUGCUUCAGCUCUAAGGGUUAUUGUCCCAGCCGAGCUGCAAGGAGUUGCCUACAUAAAAGUCAUCACUCAAAAAGAUCAAGAAGAUCUCUGCUCGGCUCAAGUCAAUCUUAUGGGUCAUGGCCCGAACAUAACCGCCCAGGUUGGUGUUUGGCAAAAGACCUUAGAAUUUGCCCAAAAUGUGCUGUUCUGCAAGGAGCUUUUUGCACAAUUGGCUCGUGAAGCUAUACAACUGCAAGCUCCCAUUCCGCAUGUUGUGAUCGGGAAUCAGAUACGUGCAACUCUGCUGCCUAACAUACAACUAAUCAUCUCCCUAUGCCACUCCACAACCUUUGACUCCAGUCAACCUGCCCCCAUCAAUGAUCAUGAUCAUGUGUUGGAGCAUUCAUUGCAUCAACUGCUCAGAGAGGUUCAUUAUAAGAACUCGCAUCAUCCUUUCCCCCAUCCAUCCAGUGCUCCGCUUGGCCCCAGCAAGAAGCGAAUGAUGGCGGGGCCCAUGGCUGCCGAUCGCGAAACUCUAAUGGACAUGACCAAAUCUCAAACCAUUUUGGAACAGAUUAUAGCUCAGGCACAACAUAUCUUCAUGAGGAAACGUACCCAAUAUGUGCUUGACACAUUGGCAAGGGAUGUGAAGGAUCCCCAAAUUGUUUCCCAUUGGAACGCAAUGAACAGCCCAACGAUGUCCUGUGUCAAGAUAAACAUUGUAACUCAUGGCUAUGAUGCCAUUGGACGAACAUCAUUGGUUAUUCAUGUCAAGGAGCGCUCACUAAAGUGCAUUUGCCGUGACGGUCGCGUCAUGCGUUUGUCCUAUGAGCCCCAAGAGUUAAGGGAUCUCAUUCUGUGUCAAAUUAAUUCUCAUCAAAUCUCUUGCCUUGUGAGUUUGGCUCGUUGCAUGGCUUGGACUGUCCUAUCGAAUAGUAAUCAUUUGGGAAUAGGCAAAGUGGAGCCAUUGGGAAAUGCCAGCUCCUGCUUGUUGGCCUCACCAAAUGGAGAUCGCAUGAUAGCAGUCCAAAUACGAUGCGAUCCACAAAUAGACGUCAAGGUGUACAUAGCCAAGAGUCCACGUCAAGAUUUCUUUCCAAAUCCCCUGGUUCCUGAAAAGCUUUGGGAGAAUUUGGGCGGUAGUUUUAAAGAGGUGCGUUUCGAUAAAAUUGAGGGCAAAAGUUUUCUUAACAAAAUGGAAUUCUUAAUGGCUUCCUUGACUAGUAAUACUGCCUAAUUUAUAUCUAUUUAUCUAACGUUAUUGUAUAGACUAAGUUACAAAAUUUCUGAAAAAUGGGAAUAAAUAUAACUAGUAUUAGUGGCGAAUUCUAUUAA